AUGAGUGCUUUCGAAGAAUUUAAUACAAUAACAAGAGCUUUUUCAGAUAACACAUACGAUAAUCCCGAAAUAUUUAUAGUCAGGGCACAUGCAAUUGAAGGAAAAAAUGCUUAUAAAAGCCUACAAGCAUGUAAGCGUGCUGAAGCCAUGUAUAUACAAUCCAAAGAACCAAUUCCGGUUGAACUUUUUAAUAAAAAAGGCAACAUGCUUUAUAAACUUG